CUGAACGUGAUACUCUUGACAGCUGUUAAUCGGUUUCUGAAAUCAAGCUUUUGAAAACGGUUGUAUGGUCGGUUGCUGAAAGGAUAAUCGGUCAUAUUAACUGGAAGAACGAAGGACCUUGUCAGAUGUUGCUAAGGUCCCAGUGAAAGUGAUAGUAUUUGCUUGUUAGUGAAGUGAAACAGCUGCAAGUAACAGUUCUUCAUAUUGAAGAAGAUAAUUAAAAAGGAACUGCCAAAAAGGACCUUUCACUAUCGCCAGUCAGAGCCGAAAUCCUUGGCAAAUCAAACCCGAAAUUGGUGAGUAACCGAGAAGUGCACACAUCUCCUGCAAAAUCCGCAGGAGAAAUGGAAGAACUCGAAUAAAAUUUUAAGGACAUUAUUUCACGCCCGGAAAGUUAAAGUAAAAUGCAAGAUACUUCAUUCGGUUCAACAUCUCCUAAAGAUAUGUCACCGUACAUAGUUUCAAAGUACAACGAAAGCCCUGUGUCUUCACGUUCCGGAAGCCCUACGAUUGUGGAAUCCCAAAGCCAUCAUUGUGUUGUUGAUACAUCAAAGUACGUUUCGGACGACGAAAUAAGCGUCGGCUGCCCAAGUCCUGCUUUGCAGUCGCCCAAAAGGUACUCCAAUUCACGAGAACCGAGUCCAGCGUUCCUCACGUCGCCGUCGACUACUUCCACGACAAUUUGCCGAUCGGAAAACUGUAGAUGUGGGGAACCUGAAAGCGAAGACUACUUUAAGCCCUUGAAGAAGCUGAAAAUGGUCCACAUUGCAUCAGAAAGACGGUUAUCGCCCACUAUAGAAGUCCAGGAGCGUUCCGAAGGUGUUAAAAGUUUCUCCAUCAUCGACAUCCUGAACCAUAAACCUUCCAAAGCUCAGCAGAAUGUACGAAUUGUAAGACCGUGGGACUUGGAUCCCGAGUUAGAAGCGCAGCAAAGUUUGGAAAGGUUUCAUAGACAUUUGAAGGCUCAACAGUUGGCUCUGUUGAGGCCUGAGUUCGGAUUUAAUUUGAGUUAUACCUCAGAAACUGGUAGUGAUAGGUCUUCUAGUGUUACUUCGGACUGUUGCUCGCCGGACAUUGUAACCAGCACUGCUUUACAUAGACAAAAACAGCAGGUACAUAAUGGAAAACAACCCGGUGCUACACCUUUAGACGCCCUGUUCCAAAUGACCAGCAAAACCUUCGAUUCCAACUCUGCAGAAGGAAAUCAAGAUGGCCAAAAUCAUCUCAACUUGUUCAACAACCGGCAACAACCAAAGAAGAAACGAAAAUCUCGAACGGCUUUUACGAACCACCAAAUAUUCGAAUUGGAAAAGAGAUUUCUUUACCAAAAGUAUUUAAGUCCAGCGGAUCGAGAUGAAAUCGCGCAAUCUUUGGGUUUGACAAACGCCCAAGUUAUUACGUGGUUUCAAAACCGUCGGGCAAAACUGAAAAGAGACAUGGAAGAGUUGAAGAAAGACGUGGAGAGCACAAAACUGCUGACUGCCCAUAAGAGUUUUUUAGAAAACGUUCAGGACUUGGGCAUUUUGAAAAAGAAAGUACAGACUGAUAACGAUUGUGCGCAAAAUUUGGUGGUAACGUCUGACUAAAAUAAAAAAGACACACACACUCGAGCAUCAACUCUUCACCAAACCAAGGAUAUUAUUUAUUGAUCGAUUAAUUGGUUUGGUAUCUGUGAAUUAUUUUUAAUCUACUUGAUAUGUGAUUAGGCUACUUGAAUUUUUCUAUGAGAAAAUGAGGAAAAGGUAAGAUUAAAGAAGGCACUGGUUUUAUAGGUGCGAACAGGCAUAUGUACCUAUUGUACAAAUAAAUGUAAAUAUACAUUGUUGCAAAUAUUGUCUAUAAAU